AUGUGUACAAACUUGUUGCCUGGUUUGACUAUAAGGAAUAUAACCAAUAGUUCAAAAAAUACUUUAGAUGGAGCAAAGUACUUUAACUCUUUUCCUGUAUACAAAGAAAAGUCUGAGAUCAUCACGUGGAACAAAAGUGUUUUGCAACCACGAGACUACCAACGGUUGUUUUGUCCAGGAAGAUGUCAGGAAGACAGAUUUGUAAUUCUCGAUGGAUAUGGAACAUGCUCCACUAUCAAAUGUUUUCCUUGCGACUGUGAUAAGCCAAAGUGCCAAAUUUAUGGCACUUGUUGUCCGGAUAUUGAAGAUAACAGUAAUGGUGUUGUCGGUUAUAGAAGGAGAGCUCAAAACACUUCCCAUUCAACAGCGACUAACUGCAGUAAUGCAAGCCAAGAAUUUGUUCAAACUAACAAAGUAUUGGAGACUUUACAAAUAGGUGAAAAGGUGUCACUGUAUUGUAACAGGUACAAUGAUGAUACUUCUUAUUUGACUAUUCGAUCAUGUCCGAAUUAUUACCCCAAUAACUCAUUUUCACUUUGGGAGUAUUCCGUCGUGUGUCAACAUUAUCAAAAAGUAUACAUGGCUAAGAAUGAUGUUGAAUUUCUCAGACUGAGCCUACGCAAUGAUUCAUCUUGUUAUCUGAAGCAGAUUCCACCUUUAGGAUACAACCACUACAUGUGUGAACCGGGAUGGUUUAACCCGAUCGUGAGUAAGUGCAAUGUGACAGGUAAAUGGGCGACGUAUGAUAACGAUAUUGUCACAUCCUGCGCAGAGCCAGAUACAUUGUUAGGUCACGCUUGCUUUACUGGAUUACUCACAACGGUUUGUUACAAAAAUGUCUUCUGCGCUAUUUGUAAUAUGCACGAUUAUCCUGAAUGGCUGAACGCGUGUGGCAGGAAUCAAGUGCUGGCCAACCCAUUUUAUUUGUUACCACUUAGUCUUUUGUUUAAUUUUGGUCAUCGCAAACUGCAAAGAAAUUCCCCGGUAUUACUCCAGCAUAAUACAUCAGAUUUUGAGUGGAAAAGUCUCGAUGGAAGGAUUCUAUCCUUGGAGUGUUCACCUGGAAAGAAUUUAUUUAAUGGAAAUUGUUCGUCUGUUAUCGAGGCAGUUUCUGGACUGGCGUACAACAUUAGCAUAUUAUACGUUCCCAAAUCUUCACAGAUUCUGGCAGUAAAUGGUAGCGAAAUUUUCAGUCUGAAAUCUGCAAAUGAUGUGGAUUAUUGGCGACCAUUUUCUGCUCAGUUGAUGGAAAAGGUUAAUAAGAUUUUUUUAGAACAACAAGAUUACAUGGAAUUAUCGUCAAGAACAAUAUUUCCCCAAACCUCUGAUCAAUUGUGGAAUGAAUCAUUGAAACAAACUAACCAUGGAACGAUCCGAAAGCUGCACACUUCUGUGUGGUAUCACUUAAGAGGAUUCAUCAUUGCAAGCGGUGGAACACGCCGAGACGAGUUUGAGAACAACAUUAUGAGACAGCUGAUUAAGGAGGAAUUGUUUGUAGAAAGCGAUGUUAACAUGUCAUUACGUUUUAAAGCAGUUAUCAUUAAAGAAAAUCAGAAACAUCUGCUAGGGGAUUAUUAUAUAAAGAAAAACAAUCUCACAUAUUUAGACACAAAACUAGAAAGCAAACGAAUAGUAAACCGUAAAUUUGAUAUCAACCAACUCAAAAGCUACUGUCUUACCAUAUCACCAGAGCUCAGCUGUCCAUUUGUGACAUUUACUAAAUCUGAUUAUAUCACUUAUGUCAGAAACGAUCAAUUCCCACCAGCUAUGACAAUUACCUUAAAAUUAAAACGAAGUGAAAUGAUAUUUAAAGAAGCAGAUGAGCUUAAUUUUGUAUCUUUCACAGACGCGGGAGAUUUACGAGUUUGUCAUCAUCUCUUGAAACACAAAUUGUCCCAUUUGACGUCAGUUAGGGUCAGUGACUCCACUACAUUUUUUCGUGUUUUAGAAAUACUUACCAUCACUUGUAUUAGUGUAUCUAUGCUGUCUCUGGUCCUCACUUUCCUGACGUAUGUUUUGCUAUCCGAACUGAGAAACUCUGCUGGACAUAAUAUAAUCUGCUUGUGUAUUAGUUUAUUCCUUGCUCAAGCAUCUUUAAUAGUAGCUUCACAAAUUGAAAAAACUGGAUUUUUCUGUACUGUAUCUGGGAUAAGUAUCCAUUAUUUUUGGCUGAAUGUAUUUUGCUGGUGUUUUACUUGUAGUUAUAACAUGUUCUGUGUGUUCAGUGCUAAAACCCGAACCACACGCUCCUCUAGCUGGUACAAGAAAGAAAUGGCAAUGAAACUAUUUUUUUGUUCGGCAGCUCCUGCAUUAGUUGUCUCCCUUGUUAUUCAUUGUUCAUUGGAUUCGCCGUUAUUGGUGUAUAUUACUUUAUUUACGCCAAUACUGGGAAUUCUAAUAUCUAAUUUUGUCUUCUACCUAAUUUCUGUCAUCGAAAUUCACAAUGUUCGCAAAUUACAAACACAAAAAUUUCUAUCUAAGCAUGAGAGCAGUAAGAGCAUCUAUAUCUAUCUCAAAUUAUCCACAGUGACGGGAAUUUUCUGGAUACUGACUCUCAUUGCUGAAGCCACAGACAUCGAUGCUCUCAGAGUGUUUGCUAUUCUCUUGAAUGGACUUCAGGGUGUUUUCAUUUUUGUGUCGUUUGUCUGUAACAAGCGAGUCUUGAAAAUGUAUAAAGAUCAGAUAGAAUUAAACAGGAAUAGUAGACUCGCUGCUUCCACAAUAAAUAUAUCUUCAGAGACAAACUUCGAAGUCGGGGUGCAUCUUCCUUAG